AUGGUCCAAAAGAAAAAGGGAAGUAACUAUAUUGCUGGUGAGGCAAUUGAACGGGUCUUACCAGUCACCAACAAAUACUGGUUUCAGUUUUCGCAUCUGCUUAAAUUGAAUCUCAUCCUUCUCGUCCCACUCCUGUCCUCAUCCGUGGCUGGUUACGAUGGCAAGCUCGAAUCCUCCGCAUCAAACUUCUAUAUGACUAACAUCUCAAUAGGCUCCCUCAUGAACGGUCUGCAAACUCUGCCACAAUGGAAAGAAUAUUUCAACCACCCUCAGGGAGCACUGCUUGGUCUCGUCAACGCCGCACAAUCCAUCGGAUCAGUAGUUGCACUCCCUGCAGUGGGGAUGUUGAGCGAUAAGUUUGGCCGCAAAAAGGUUCUCUUGAGUGGAAUUAUCAUCAUCCUCAUUGCCACCAUCAUCGGAGCUACCAGUAUCAACAUGGCCAUGCUUGUCAUCUCUCGGAUAGUCGUUGGCGCAGGAGGCAUGCUUGUAGUACAACCAUCUCCCAUGCUGAUUGCGGAGCUGUCUUACCCAACGCACCGUGGAAAGUAUACCAGCGCCUUCUGGACCAUGUACUACCUUGGCGCUAUUCUAGCCUCAUGGGUCACAUUCGGCACCCAGGAUUACACAAGCACCAUGUCCUGGCGCAUCCCAACCAUCCUCCAAGCCUGCUGGCCCCUUGUCCAGCUCACAGCAAUUUGGUGGCUCCCGGAGUCUCCUCGAUGGCUUGUGGCCAACGAUCGUGCUCACGAAGCUCGUGCAAUUCUCUGCAAGCACCACGCCGGCGGCGAUCUUGACAGCGCACUCGUGAACCUCGAAAUGGAGGAAAUCGCCGAGUCGAUUCAGCUUGAGAGGACAGCCGCUUCGGGUGGCUGGGGCUGGGGAGCGCUGGUGGCUACGCCUGGAAACCGCAAGAGACUCUUUAUUGCGGUUUUCUUGGGCUCAGCUGCGCAGUGGAACGGAAUUGGUGUCGUAUCUUACUACUUAACUCUGGUGCUGGACAGCGUCGGAAUUACGGACGUUUUCAUGCAGACUCUGAUCAACGGCCUUCUCCAAAUCUUCAAUUUCUGGGCUGCCCUCUCGGCUGCCUUCCUUGUCGAUCGCCUUGGCCGCCGCGUCCUUUUCCUCUGGUCUGGCGUUGGCAUGCUCGUUUCGUACAUCGUCUGGACUGCCUGUUCAGCCGUAAACUCAAACACUGGAUCCAAGCCCGCUGGCAUCGUUGUUGUCGUCUGCCUAUUCACCUUCUUCUUCCAUUACGACAUCGCCUACACGCCCCUCCUAAUGUCCUAUCCAACCGAAAUCUUUCCAUACACUCUCCGCUCCAAGGGCCUUACUUGCGAACUUCUGUCAAUCUAUGCCAGUCUGGUGAUUGCAGCGUUUGUGAAUCCAAUAGGUCUGGAGAAUAUUGGGUGGAGAUAUUAUAUCGUGUUUUGUUGUUUCUUAGUGGUUAUUCUUGCGGUUACGUAUUUCGUGUUUCCGGAAACAAAGGGCUACAGCCUGGAGGAGAUCGCAGAGAUCUUUGAUGGGCCGGGCGUGGCGCUUGAUUCGGCUUUUGUGAAGGAGGAUAACGAGAAGGGGGGUAUAGAGCGAAUCGAGAAUAAGGAUGUUUAA